CCGUGGGCGUCCCCGUUGUCACGACCUUUCCCCGCAGGCAGCCAUGGAGGAAAACCGGGAUUGGGCUACCCUUAGCCCCCAGGAGUUUGCCCAGCUGCAGAAAUACCUGGACUACAGCAGCAGGAAGGUGCAGGACGUGCUGCAGGAUUUUUACGGCAGUGGGACCCUGUCGCAGCACCGCCAGGGAGAGUGCGUUGAUUUUGAGGGGUUCACGCUGUUCCUGCGGAGUUACCUGGAGGCAGAUGACAUUCCGGAGCCGCUAUGCCGCCAUCUCUUCGCCUCCUUCCAGAGCGGGGCCGCGGCACCACUGGGCAGCCGGGAUGGCAGCGACCUCGUCUGCAUUAACGAUGUCUCCUGCUACUUCUCGCUGCUGGAGGGGGGACGCCCUGAGGACAAGCUGGAGUUCACCUUCAAGCUGUACGACAAGGACGGGAACGGGCUCCUGGACAGCUCGGAGGUGGAUCGGAUCAUCACCCAGAUGAUGCGGGUGGCCCAGUACCUGGACUGGGACGUCACGGAGCUGAAGCCAAUCCUGCAGGAGAUGAUGCGGGAGAUCGACUACGAUGGCAGCGGGACGGUGUCGCUGGCUGAGUGGCUCCGCGGGGGGGUCACCAACAUCCCGCUGCUGGUGCUGCUGGGCUUGGAGGUGCACAUGAAGGACGACGGGCAGCACAUGUGGCGCCUGAAGCACUUCAACCGCCCCGUGUACUGCAACGUGUGCGAGACGCUGCUGGUGGGGCUGCGCAAGCAAGGGCUGUGCUGCACCUGUGAGCGGGGACGGGGACGGCGGUCAGACCGGGACAGGGAUUGGGAAAAGGAUGCAGCGGGGACGGGGAUAGGGAUGGGGACGGGAUGA